AUGGAGUGCCAAGAUGUGGAUGAAUGUCCUGAGAAUCCCCAUCGUUGUGGUCCCAAUACCAAAUGCACCAACACCAUUGGAAAAUACAAAUGCAGCUGUUUGUCUGGAUUCUCUUCUUUGGGAGGGAACUCUUGGGUCCCUGGAAAGAUAGGGCCUUUCCAAUGUAGAGGUAAUAUUCAUGCUGGGCCUGAAACAGCCUGCCCCUAGAAUUAUACCUGUUGGGAUACCCCAGGAAGUUAUGUCUGUACCUGCAGUAUUGGCAUUACCUUUGGGAACUCUCAAUCCCCAGAUGUGGACAAAUGUAUGGAUGUCACAGCUUGUCCAGCACAUGCUAUGUGUACUAAUGCACCAGGAAACUAUUCCUGCACCUGCAACCUUGGCUCUAAGUCCAGCACUUCAGAAGUGAGCUUCCGAAACCAAGGAACACAGUGCAAAAGGACUCUUGUCAAGUGCAAAGAAGACUUGGAUCAGGAACAGGUACAGGAUUGCCACAGCAACUCAACUCUCCCUGGACUCCCAGAAUAUACUUCCUUCUGCAUGCUACUGGACUCCAUCUUCAAUGUUCUAGAAGACACUUGUGAGAAUAAGAUCACCACUGUGUCUUUAGAGAAAGCUGCUGAGAAGUUGGCAUCUAUCCUCAAAGAGAAAUCCACAUGGCACAACUUGAGUCAGAAGACCUCAACCCUACCGAUGUAUUUUCUGGACAGUGUGGAGAGUGCCACAUUGGCAGCUUUUGACAGUCUUUCUGGGAAUGCCAGUCAGACAGUAACAAAUGACUAUCUAGAGACUGAGAGCAAAGUUAUCCAAGAUGACUGCUUGGCCGAAAACUUAGUCUUGUCAGCCAAAGGUGAUUCCAUGAAGAUUGAGUGCAGUACCAUCAAUGAAGCUAUAUCCUCGGGCACAUUGUCAGGUAUCACGGGAGUAGCUUUUACCUCUCUCCUGGGCAUGGAGUCCAUUCUGGAUGAAAAUUUCUUCUACAAUCCAGAGGCUAACUUGACCAGCUCUCCUCAGAAACUUUGGAUAAAUUCUCCCAUUGUAAGUGGUAUUAUCACCGACAACAAGAAAAACAACUUCUCCACAAUCAUCUAUACUUUGGAGAAUUUGCAGCCAAAGAAGAAGUCGGACACAUCCGUCUGCAUUUCCUGGGAGGUAAAGAUCGAGGGUGGACAGUGGAGAACCACAGGCUGUGUGAAACUUCACUCUACUGAGACACAUACCACAUGUAGCUGCAAUCACCUGACCAAUGUGGCUGUUAUUGUGGCUUCUGGAGAGAUUCAAAUGGACUUUGCUUUGUUUCUGAUAAGCCACGUGGAGCUGAUUCUUUCCCUAGUGUGUCUUGCCUUGGCCAUUGCCACUUUCCUGCUGUGCCGCUCCAUCCAGAAUCACAACACCACCCUCUACCUGCACCUGUGCAUCUGCCUCUUCCUAGCUAAGCUCCUCUUCCUCACAGGAGUGGCCAAGACAGAGAAUGAGAUACGUCUCAACUGCCUUAUGGUGUGUGCAGUCAUUGAUGGUCUGCUACAAUACCUCUUCCUGGCCUGCUUUGCCUGGAUGUGGGUGGAGGCCGUAAUGCUCUUCCUGAUGGCCAGAAACCUCAAACUUGUGAAUUUCUUUGGCUCCCAAAAUAUCAAAGUAUUCUACCUCUGUGCCUUUGGCUACGGUCUCCCAGCACUGAUAGUGGAGGUGGCCACAGGAAGCCAGUGGGAAGGCUAUGGGAUGCAUAACCACUGCUGGCUACAUACAGACACCGGGUUCAUCUGGAGUUUUGUGGAACCUGUUUGCACAGUAAUAAUGAUUAAUUCAGUCCUCCUCUCAUGGACCCUUUGGAUCCUGAGAAAGAAGUUGUCCAGUGUCAAUGGAGAAGUAUUAACCUUCAAAUACAACAGGGUACUGGCAUUUAAAGCUUUUGCUCAACUCUUCAUCCUGGGAUGCUCCUGGAUCCUGGGAAUUUCUCAGAUUGGUCCCAUAGCAAGAACCAUGGCUUACUUAUUUACCAUCAUCAAUAGCCAAAGCCAUAGCUACCACUUCCUCUUCCUCGCAGCCUUCCCUUUAUGAAAGCAGCUGAAACCCAGAAAUGUAUAAUCUCUGUUUCUCAAUCUCCAGGUACGAGAAGAAAAUAAGAAAUGUUUCACAGGGAAAACCAAAUCUAGCACCAUUCCCCAGACUUCAGGAAUCUGGUUAUCCUCAAUGCCAACCACUUCCAAAAUGAUAAGGGAUUUCUCACGUUCUUAG